CCUUCAUUAUCUUAGCUGGCUUCCAUGGAUGUUCCUUCUCAGAAAUCCCAAUUUCUCUUCCUUUAUAUUCUCAUUCACUCCUCAAACCAAUAACAUCGAUCAAACAAACAAACAAACCUUCCUUAAUCAGAACCCAAUUUCAGAUUAUUUAAACAACAUCGUCGGCUCUAAUGGCGUCACCAAAGUCACCUACAAGACCAUCCCAACAAAACCCACAACCCAAUUUCCACGAUUUCCUUCCUGCGAUGGCCGGGAACCUAGGCGGUGAGGGUCUGAUCGGAGAGCUCUGUAACGGAUUCGAGCUCUUGAUGGACAGAGAGAAAGGUGUCAUCACUUUCGAGAGUCUCCGACGUAACGCAGCGGCGGUUCUGGGUCUCGGAGAUUUGACUGAUGAAGAUGUCCGGUGUAUGAUUAAAGAAGGGGAUUUUGACUGCGACGGUGCGUUGAACCAGAUGGAGUUUUGUGUGUUGAUGUUUAGGCUUAGCCCUGAUUUGAUGGAGGCGUCGCGGUGUCUCGUCACGGAGGCGAUUGAGGAGGAGUUCGGAUUCACGCGCCGGCAUUGACACCGGAGAGAUUUGGGAGAUUUAAUUCGAUUCAUUUGUUACCUUUUUCUUAUUUUCCAUUAAUGUUACCAUUCACAUAAUUCUUUGAAUCAUACUUAAUACAAUUUAGUUUAUAUAUAAAAAUUGAUGUUGAUCGGAUGUUAUGAACAAAUAUGAAAUAAAGAAAAAAAUAUGCGUAA